AUGAAAUUUUUUGCCAUUUCCCACAACUAUUCUUACCUUUUCAUUGUUUUCGUUAUCAUUACUAUCUUAGCUACUAAUGCAUCAGCAGCUGCCAUUGAUAAAAGAUUAGCGGACUGUAAAACAAGGCAAGCAAAUGCUAAAGAUGCCGAAAAACUAAAUGAAGAAUUCGCAAAACUUACGCCAGAUUCCAAAUGUACAAAAGAAGAUGAAGAAAAAGGUGGUGCUGUUUGUGUGGAAGGUCAGACCGCUAAUGCAACCCUAACGUGCGGUGCAGUUCCACUUGAAAACUCAAGAGGUACCAGCGUCAUUUGCGAUACUGAAGAGGACAUAAAAGAACGCAUUGCCAGAAAUAAAGACU